CAGCAACAGGGAAAUGCUGAGGGCGCUGGGGGAGGGAAUUCAGGGGUUAAAAGCCAUGGGUCCGGGUGAAGUUGGAGGCAGCUGGCGGCGAAGCUCCGCACCCAGGCCUCUUCCCGAGGCCCCGCUCGCCCUGCUCCCCACCCCGGAGCUGCCAUGUGGCCCCUGGCCGCUGUGAUCGCCUUCUUGACGGUGGCCUUGUCAGGCGGCAUCUCACAGGAAUAUCCCAAGAUUCUCAACGGCACCAAUGGGACCAGUGGGUUUCUCCCGGGUGGCUACACCUGCCGUCCCCACUCUCAGCCCUGGCAGGCAGCCCUGCUAGUGCAGGGGCGCCUGUUCUGUGGGGGAGUCCUGGUCCACCCCAAAUGGGUUCUCACUGCAGCACACUGUCUGAAGGAAGGGUACAGAGUUUACCUGGGCAAGCAUGCCCUGGGGCGUGUGGAGGCCGGAGAGCAGGUGAGGGAGGUAGUCCGCUCUAUCCCCCACCCUCAAUACCAGAUCAGCCCCACCCACCUGAACCAUGACCACGACAUCAUGCUUCUGGAGCUGCGGUCCCCGGUCCAGCUUACGAGCCACAUCCGCGUCCUGCCUCUCUCCCACAACGACUGUCUCCCCGCUGGUACCUGCUGUCGGGUGUCUGGCUGGGGCACCACCACCAGCCCCCAGGUGACUUACCCCCAAACCUUACAAUGUGCCAACAUCCAGCUACGCUCAGAUGAGGAGUGUCGUCAAGUCUACCCGGGGAAGAUCACACCCAACAUGCUGUGUGCGGGCUCAAAGGAGGGCGGCAAGGACUCCUGCGAGGGCGACUCCGGGGGCCCCCUGAUCUGUAAUGGAACACUCCAUGGCAUCAUCUCCUGGGGAGACUUCCCAUGCGGGCAGCCCAACCGGCCUGGUGUCUACACUCGAGUCUCUCAGUAUGUUCUAUGGAUCCGAGACACAAUUCGAAAACACAGAACUCAGGAACAGAAAUGGACAAAGGGCCCACAAUAAAAGCCAGGUUGGCUCACCUGUCUCCUUCCUCCCUGCGUGCCUUCCUCACUCCUUUGCCGCGCUAGCCCAGCCCUUCUUGGCCCCUCCCAAAGUUCCACUUAACCAGUGAUCCGUGUUCUCAAUGUGUCUGAUCCCAGUGGAUGUUUCGUGUUUCAGAAGCAUCCAGUCACUCCCAGUAUCAUGGUGUCCCAGGUACUGCAUCCUGAAACACCUCGGUAUCCUCAACAUUCCAACCUGGACAAUGUUCCACGACUCCUGCUGUCAACAUAACCCCAGAUGGCCAUCUGAAUGUUCUGUCUGUGGGACACCCUUAAUGCAUCCAUUGGCCCAUUUCAACCAUAUUCCAUGUCCUGUGAAUGGAACGUCCUUGACAACAUUCUACACCCCUUCAAACAUUCAUUUAUUGCCAACAUUCUAGACACUUCUCUGUUUGGUGCUCAAGAAGGUUCUAAACUUCCGGGAUAGUUCAUACUGAAAAUAUUCUCUUGUGUCCAGAAUCUGCCCCAACAAUAUUCUAGGUACAUCUGAAUGAUUAAUCACAUCACAGCUAAUACUAAGUCCUCCUAGAAGUUCAUUCUCACAUAGUUUGGGGUCUCCCAAGUGUCCCAUCCCACAUUUUGCCAGUAUUCCCUGUCCCUGAAUCCCUAUGCCCACAAAAAAUCAAUAGUACACAAGAUUGGUGUUUUAGGGUUCAGUACCCAGGGGGUCUCCAUAUCUAGACCCUAUUACCUGCCAAGUACCCUGUCCUUUUCUCUCCCCCACCAAGCACCUUUGUUCAGUGACCCCAAAUGCAGUGAUUAAAUGCUCAAGUCACCAAGUCCCUGCUUUGUACAAAACAGAACUCAGUGCCCCUCUAUAUUUUUUCAUCUGUAAAGGGGGCACAUCAUUUCUCCUCACAGCACUGUUAUGAUUAAUGUCAAGCAUUUCCACCCUUAUUCUUAUUUGCAUGGUUCUCUAUAGAAUAUCACCUUAGGGUGUCAACAACAAUCCCUCAAAUUUUCAGUAUCUAAAAAGUGUUACCUUUGGGGUGCCUGGGUGGCGCAGCUGGUAGAGGAUAUGACUCUUGAUCUCAGGGUCCUGAGUUCAAACCCCACUCUGGGCACAGAGCUUACUUAAAAACAACAACAAUAAAAAAGUUACUUUUUCAGCAUUUGUUCUGUGGUGACCAUCUGUAGGCACCCUCCUGGGUGUUGGUAAUACUUUAUUUGUUGUAUUGGUGUUGGUAAAUACUUUAUUUACCAAAUACCAGCACUUACCACAAGCUAGGCACUGUUGCAGGCACAGCUGCUAAACAGUUAAUUGGAUAAAACUUCUGCCUCAUAGAGCUCGUGUUCUUUGAAAGGAGACACAGUUAAAACAAAAAACAAGGAGAUAGACUGAAGUGGCGUGUGAACCAUGGCAAAAAAGGAGAAAUAAAGGAUAAGGAAUGUUGGGUAGGGGAAGUGAAU